AUGAAUUUCGCUACCUUCUUGACGCUCUUCAGCUCCAGCGUUUCCGUUUUGGCAGCAUCUGCCGCUGAUUGGCGCUCGAAGUCUAUCUACCAAGUCCUGACCGAUCGAUUCGCACGUACCGAUGGAAGCACCACAGCCGCCUGCAAUCCCGUCGGCAAAUACUGUGGUGGCACUUACCAGGGCAUCAUCAAGCAACUGGACUACAUCCAGAACAUGGGAUUCACUGCUAAUAGNAUCUGGAUCUCUCCUGUUACUUAUCAGAUACAGACCUGGACACCCUACGGCGAACCAUGGCAUGGCUACUGGCAACAAGACCUGUACAAGCUCAACAGUGCUUUCGGCACUGCAGACGAUCUCAAGGCUUUGGCCACGGCCCUACACAACAGAGGCAUGUAUCUCAUGGUCGACAUUGUUGUGAACCACAACGGCUGGAACGGUAAUGCGAGUUCAGUCGACUACAGCAUGUUCAAGCCCUUCGACAACGUCGAGUACUACCACAACUUCUGUGAUGUCGACUACAGCAACAACACCAGCAUCCAAGACUGCUGGUUGGGCGACUCGAACGUGGAGCUUGUCGAUCUUCGAACAGAAGAUGCUGUAGUCGCACAAGAGUACCAGACAUGGAUUCAGCAGUUGGUCGCCAACUAUUCCAGUAAGUCAGUGAACAUCAGUGCAGAAUCUUGGCUUAUCUUCUGUUANGUCGAUGGUCUCCGCAUCGAUACUGUCAAGCAUGUCGAUACUGCAUUCUGGCCUGAGUUCGGAGAAGCCGCUGGUGUGUUCGUCACGGGCGAAGUGACCAACGGCGAUCCAUACGGUCUUUGCCCUUACCAGAACUACAUGGACAGUGUUCUGAACUACGCGAUGUACGUGCAAAGUCUAAGGAACAACGUUUCUUCUUGCUUACAUUGCUCAGGNUAUUACGCAGCCACAGAUGCCUUCUCCUCGACUGCUGGAAGCAUGUCCAAGUUCGUGAAUCAACUGAACGGCAUGAAGAGCCAAUGUAAAGACACCAGCGUUCUUGGAUCGUUCUCGGAGAACCAUGACCAGCCUCGCUUUGCAUCGUUGACCGAGGACAUGUCCUUGGCUAAGAAUAUCAUCAUCUACACAAUCAUGGGCGACGGGAUUCCCAUCUUGUAUGAAGGUCAGGAACAGCACUACAGCGGUGCCAAGGACCCCUACAAUCGUGAAGCUGUCUGGCUGAGUCAAUACAACACCGGCGCACCUCUUUACACUCUCACAGCAAGCGCAAACCAGAUUCGCAACCAUGCGAUCUUCGUCGAUGAAGACUGGCUUACUUACCGGAACUGGGUCAUCUACAGCGACAGCGCCAACGUCGCUAUGCGCAAAGGAUAUGACGGAUACCAGACCAUCACUGUUCUGACCAACAGGGGUGCCAGCAGUGCUGGGUAUACUCUCAGCGUUACUAACACUGGAUAUGAAAGUGGUACGAAGGUUGUGGACGUCCUGUCCUGCGAAGCUUUGACUGCAGGAAAGGAUGGAACCCUCACGGUAUCCAUGUCACAAGGUCUUCCUAGAAUCUACUACCCACUGGAGCUGUUGGAUUGCAGUGGCAUCUGCGGAUACUGA